AGCUGCUCGGGAGUGGACGGGCCAAGAUGUCUGGCAACCCUGCAGGUGUGGACAACACUUUCCGCAGGAAAUUUGACAAGGAGGAGUACUUGGAACGAGCCCGGCAGAGAGAGCGGGAUGAGAAGGAUGAAGCCCGUAGAGGCAAGGAUAGGGGUCCUCCUGUGCAAAGACAACCUUUGAAGCAUAGGGACUAUGAAGUUGACCUUGAGUCUCGUCUUGGGAAGACCCAGGUGGUAACCCCAAUCGCACCUUUGAGCCAGCAGGCUGGAUACUACUGUUCAGUAUGUGAGUGUGUUGUUAAAGAUUCAGCUAAUUAUUUGGAUCAUAUAAAUGGCAAGAAGCAUCAGAGAGCAUUGGGCAUGUCUAUGCGUGUUGAAAGGGCUUCACUCGAACAAGUUCAAAAACGGUUUGAGUCACUUAAGAAGAGGAAGGACCCAGGGACCUUUAGUGAACAAGAUUUGGAUGAGAGAAUAUUCAAACAGCAGCAAGAGGAGGAGGAGAAGAAGCGCCAGCGGAGAGAAAAGAAGAAAGAAAAGAAGAAAGAGCUGGCUGGCCCGAAUGAACCUGAGGACAUUGACCCUGAUGUUGCUGCUAUGAUGGGAUUUGGCGGGUUUGGCACCUCAAAGAAGUGAGACUUCCACCAGGAGGCGUUGUUUCGCUGGUUUGUGGCCGCUGAAGACAACUCGUGGCUCCAUGCACCUGGAUCUGAAUAUAGCUUCAGACACUGACACAACUCUGAUGCAGAGCUGCGGAGUUGGGGAUCAGUCUCGUUGGCCCUUGAUCAAAAAAAUGUGUGUGACCGCUAUCUGAUAAUGUCCGUGGAACGACACUUAAUGCUGGAACGAUUAAGAUUCUGUGAUGAGCGAUGACGUUGUUUUAAGACGGAAAUCUUUUUGAGAGACAUUUUAUCUUAGAGAAA